AUGGCGCCAGCCUCACCCGUCCUAGGACGAUCUGCUUACCACGCGGAUCAGAGGCCCACAAGGGCCGACCAACUCGGGCACCAAUACCGUCCAGCACUUGUCGAAUCCCAACCAGGCAAUCCGCUCGCAAAGCCGUCGUCAGAGCCCAAAGUCUAUCUUCCAUCAGCUCACGCUGAGACCAACCCGAGGAAGCCGCUCCUUUCGACUUGUCCUAUAAACCCAAAUGUCCACUACAUCUCAAGCAGGUUAAGCGUAACUGCCCCAAAAGUAUCUUGGGCAAAAGGUUGGCUCGACUUUAUCUCAUCGGAGAGCGAAUCAGGCCCGAGCUCACUGGAGUAUGCUCAAGCACGACCUGACGCGACGACCUUGCCAGAUCAACCCACUGGCCCCGUAUUCAUCAUGUCUGAUAAGCAAGAUACCUCCUGCUGUAACGUGUCGCGGAAAGAAUCUGGUGAACUCUCUCUCACACACACACACACAUACACAUACUCACGACGCUCACAUCGAGCCCCAACCUGCGCCUGUAUCUCUCGAACACGCUUGUCCGUCGACCUGGAUGCGAGUCAAUUCGCGUCCCAAAAAGUGAGGCUGAAUCACUUCACCUUCUUGCCGGAGAAGAAAUCUGGCGUGUGCGAGAGGUCCGGUCUCCUACACACACUCAGAGGGCCUACAGUUUCGCCGGGGAACAUGACGAAGCCUAGUCAUCAUCGUCGCGAUGAAUGUCUAGUUUCUUCUGAAAUCACUCCAGAAAUUAGGGCAAAUCGAUCAGGUACCCGGCUAUUUGACAUCAAAAUUUGA